AUGGCAGCAAAGGAAACCUCCUCUUUUCUCUUUGCAGCAGGCUAUAUAGCAAUACCUUUUAACUUUUCAAAUUUAAAAUAUUCAAAGAUGGUUGGCGCAGUCACUGUUAAGGACGUUUCCGCUCAAGCUUUUAUCAAGGCGUACGCCGCUCACCUGAAGAAGUCGGGUAAGCUCGAGGUCCCCGCCUGGACCGAGUACGAGCUGUGCCCCCAGGAUGCCGACUGGUUCUAUGUCCGUGCUGCCUCGGUUGCCCGCCACAUCUACCUGCGCGGUGGUGUCGGUAUUGGUGCCCUUUCCAAGCGUCAGGGUGGUGCCAAGCGCCGUGGAUCCCGCCCCAACCACCACGCCGAUGCCUCGACCAACGGUCUGGAGAAGCUCGGCCUUCUGGAGAAGCACUCCAACGGUGGCCGCAAGAUUACCUCCUCCGGCCAGCGCGAUCUUGACCGCAUCUCGGUCCAGGUUGCCAAGGCUCAGUCCUCCGAGUAAGCAGUGUCUUUUCAGAAUGUUUUAAAUAGUGAAAUAUUUUCUCUUCUAUUUUGCUUUCAUACAUUUGUCGGAAAAUAUCC